AUGUCCGCUUUACCACCCGACCCGUACAAGAUUUUAGGCGUUUCCAAAGAUGCACAACUCGCAGAAAUUCGAAGUGCUCACCGAAAGCUCGUCCUUAAAUGCCAUCCCGACAAGGUCCAGGACCCAACGCUCAAGGCCCAAAAGCAAGAUGAGUUCCAAAAGGUCCAACAGGCCUACGAGAUUUUGAGCGACGAAAACGAGCGAGGCAAGUACGAUGACAACGUCAAACUGGCCGAACUCCGCAAGGAGAUGGCCAAGGGCAUGUCCGCCAAUACCUCAGCUCCCAGAGCGCCUGCAGCCAGAUCUUACGAAGUCCGCACCGCCGAGCCCCGACCGGAUACCUACAAGACGACCUAUCGUGCCUCGCCCGGCGGCAAACCCAUGUACUCUACCGGUUACAAUUCUCGAUCUUGGGACGAAGAAAUUCACAGCAGAUCAAACUCCAUCUUCGAGGAGCCUCGGGCUCGUCGAGCCGCAAGUUACGAGAAACCGUCCCGCCAAGAUGACGAAAGGGAUCACAGGGAGCGAGACAGGGAGCGUGAAAGAGAACGUGACAAGGAACGGGAACGCGCAGAAAGGAAGGCCUACGAAAAGGCCGCCAAGAAGGCCGUUGAGAAGGCUGCGGCCGAGAAGGAAGAGCGCCGUCAAGAACGCAAACGCCAAGAGAAGGCCGAAAAGGAGAGAGAAAAGGAGCGUAAACGCGAGGCUGAGGACAAAUCGCGGAGACACAAACCUGUCUACAUCGAAGACGACGAGUCCAGCUAUUUCGCCAAAUCCGACAAGAAGAAGUCAAGUAGCACCAAGGAGAAGGACAAGCGGUCCCGCUCGAUCCCGCGUGACGGCGCUCCUCUCCGGGAAGAGCCCCCUGUGCCGCCUUUGCCUCCUGUCCCGGCUGACGCCAAAGGUUCCAAAUACAACGAUGCCGUACUGUUCGCAGCGUCUUAUAUGGAACAAUCACGCAAGGCUCACCCGGGUCUGAGCCGUGCCCAGACCUCUUAUGAGCCUCGACAUGCGCCUCCUGUCGCGGUUCCGACACCCCCGGCUGCGAUGCCCUUCCCUCCCCCUCCCCCUCCGCCCAUGCCUACUGUUGAGGAGGAUACCAGUCGCAGAUCAAAGUCGAGGCGCUCCUCUGAGACCAAGACUCGGGACAAGUCGAGCCACAAGAAGUCUUCUCCUACAAAAGAGGCGCCAGUUCCGCCAUCGCCCAAUGUCGUCGAUGCCUCUCCUAGCACUCGCCACAUGGCUCAGUUCGCCUCCGCGACGUCCUCGCCUGCGUCCACUUCGCCGCCUAAGCACCUGGGCAGAUCGGCCACCUUCACCGAUGGGUACAACCGCCCUCCUCCUGGUCCUGUUAGAGCUCAAACCUUUUCUCAUGUGCCUGCCGAGUCUGCCGACACCCGGGGCCGUGGCCGUUCAAGGCUGCAGCCGCAGGUUAGCGAGGACUCUGAAUCCGAAGAAGAACGCCAUUAUCAGCAAAGGAGCCAUCGACACAGAACUCACUCUCCCGAGGCAAUGUCGUAUGAGACUGGUCAUCGAACUCGAUACACCGUCAACGGUGGUAGAACAGUCCCAGUCGCUACUGAGGCCGGUUACGCAUCUGCGUACCGCGACGACUCUCCUCCGAGGAAGCCCAGCAAGCACGCCGACUACUACAAUGUUCGCCCUCCCAUGCCGUCUCGGGAGGCGAGCUACUCGGGUUCGAGCGCGUAUUUCGGCAAGGUGAAGACCGCGAGAUAUGAUGAUGUUCAGUACUCUAACAUUCCACAUCGUUACCGCGAUGAGUACAAUACCGUCUACUAG